AUGUUCAACACACCCACUAUGCUCUCUUGGCUUCUUCUUCCUCUGCCAGCUUUAUUUUUGAUUCAGGUGCUUCUACCCACAUUUGUAACAAGAGAAGUCUUUCUCUGGUUCUGUCACGAAGAACCUCUCUCGAUUGCCGGUCGUGGUACUCUUGUGUUUGAUCUCCAAGGUCAGAAGAUUCGUGUCUUUAACGUUCUUUAUGUUCCUGACUGUACUCAGAAUCUUCUUUCCAUCCUGGCUGUUACUACUACGGGCGACAAACUUGUUAUCUCUCAUGAUGACAUUGUUCGCCUUAAGUAUGGCCAACUUGCUACCAGAGACCUGAGAAAUCUUUACUUGCUGUGUCUCAAAAUUGUCCGCCCCUCGACUGUCUCGCGGGCUAACCACUCUGCCUACUCGGCCCCCGCUCCUGUUACGGUCGCUGCUCCUGCUGCGGACGCUGGUGUGGCACCUGUUUCUGCCUCUGCUCUUGUUCAUGCUCGCCUUGGCCACCCCUCUCCUACUGUCGUUCGACUGGCCUUGAAAUAUCCGAACAUGCCUCGCACGGUUGUUCACGACUCGAUUUCAUGUGAAGCAUGUCUUAGCUCCAAGAGCACUCGGGUGAUUCGCAAGACGUGCUGA